AUGGAGCCUUUUGAGAUGCAGGUCACGGAGCUUUGGAGCCCGGUCUCUGCGGCAUGCCCCGCAGGUCAGGCCAACCAGCGAGAUGCGUCUCCGGAAGGGCAGGUGCCCGAGAUUCACGGAGGCUCCGUCAUGACCUUUGGCAAGCAUCGUGGGCGCACUUUCGAAGAUGUUCGACUGACCGAGUCGGCUUACUGCGCCUGGGCGCUGGCACAGCCGACUCCUUCUGGAGGUUUGAUCCACUUCGUCCAGUUCCUCAGACAGUCCGACGCCCCACGGUUGCCAGCAACUCCACAGAAGAGAAAGCGUGCUGCAAAGCCAGAAGCAGCAGCAGCUCAGGCGUGGCCUCAAGUGCACGCCCAGCUUCAACAGGUGGCCGCGACCCCAGCCAACCCGACCUUCGGCCGCUGGGGAGCUAGCGGCAUGCAGCCUCCGAACUCGGAAGUCGGUUGCCUUCAGGAGGUCUCAGACCUCAACUGGAGAAGUCUGCCCCAACAGACUCAGCGCACCUGCAACCUGCAAGCCAAUCCAGGGCCAAUUUCGGCUGCAACCUGGCACCGUCCUGGGCAGUUUAUCCCAGGACACCACCAGGAAGCCUCCCGGAGCAGUUGGAUAGCCCACAAUGCGCCUGGACUGCCGGGCCAUCAGGGCCAACUUAGCAACUGCUCCUUUCCGAGCCACGGAGGGUACACUAACACGAUGGAAUCGGCCGACCCCCGCCGGAACCCAACCCCAAUCCGUUUCCUUGAUGGCAACUUCCCGGUGCCGGCUGCGCCACACGGAGCACAGUGGCAGCAACACGGCCAGGCUCAUUCCUUUCAGCCAUGGCGGUUUCACGGCACAAGGGCCUUCGCCAGCCAUCCUGAACUUCUCCCAACCCGCCGGGAGAACCUGAACACCCAGAGCCCUCCACCACCCUCCUUCCCUUCCCACGCGCUCAUUCCAAGAGCCGAAAAACCGAGUCCCCGUAAUCCGGCCCCGCAGUCGGCGGCGCCGAGCCGCAAGCGGUCCUGGACCGAUGUGAGCUUUCCAAGGCAGCCUUCCACGACAAAGCCGAGUGGAGGCCUCGACAACUUCGAUGAUAUUCGGAAGUGGAUCAUCAAGAAGCCCUUCGAUUAG